ACUACUAACCAGUGAUAUUCUCUUCCUUCAUGAGCAAAGAUGGAGCUAGAAAUGGAGAGAAAAAAGAUGGGUGGUCGAGCAGAAAGCGAAGAAGACAAAUGGGUGCAUGAUUCUUCUGUGGAUCAUAAGGGAAGAGUUCCUCUCCGUGCUUCAACUGGUGUAUGGAAAGCCUCCUCCUUUAUCAUCACAAUUGAGUUCAGUGAGAGGUUGAGCUACUUUGGGCUAGCAGCAAAUCUCAUCUCAUACCUCACCAAAGUGAUCCAUCAGGACCUCAAAACAGCAGCCAAAAAUGUAAACUACUGGGCAGGAGUAACAACAUCGAUGCCUCUUCUUGGAGGGUUCCUAGCAGAUGCCUACACUGGCAGAUUCACUAUGGUCCUGUUUGCAUCCCUCGUAUAUCUCAUGGGUUUAAGCCUGUUGACAAUGUCUCAAUUCAUCCCAAGCCUAAAGCCAUUCAACAAUGGGAGGUCUCAUCAUCAGCCUAGGAAGAUUCAUGAGGUGGUAUUUUUCCUUGCAUUGUAUUUGAUCUCUGUUGGAACUGGAGGACACAAGCCCUGCUUAGAAAGCUUUGGAGCCGAUCAAUUCGAUGAUGAUCACUUGGAAGAGAGGAAGAAGAAGAUGUCUUACUUCAACUGGUGGAAUUUCGCACUUUGUUGUGGGCUUGUGCUUGGUGUGACAGUAAUUGCUUAUGUUCAAGACAAUGUGAGCUGGGGUGUUGCUAGUCUGAUCCUCACUUUCACUAUGGCAACUACAAUAAUAAUCUUCUUUAUGGGAAAGCCUUGCUACCGAUACAGAAUACCAGAAGGGAGCCCUUUAACACCUAUGUUGCAGGUCUUAGUUGCAGCCAUAAGAAAGAGAAAUUUACCAGCUCCAUCAAAUCCUGCUGUAUUAUAUGAAGUUCCCAAGUCUAAGUCUCAAGGAAGGCUUCUGUGUCAUACUAGUAGGCUCAGGUUUCUUGACAAGGCUGCAAUAAUUGAGGAUAAGGAGAGCAUAUCUAUUGAGCAGAAUCCUUGGAGAUUAGCGACAGUGACUAUGGUGGAGGAGACAAAGCUUAUUUUGAACAUGAUUCCCAUAUGGCUAACUUCCUUAACAUUUGGGAUAUGCAUGGCACAGGGCUCAACAUUCUUCAUUAAACAAGCCACUACAAUGAACCUUAGGAUUGCUGACAACUUCAAGCUCCCACCAGCUUCCAUUUACUCUCUUGGGGCAGUUGGAAUGAUAAUCUCUGUCACCACCUGCGAGAAGAUUAUAGUCCCAAUGCUAAGGAAAGCUACAGGCAACGAAAGAGGCUUCAACAUCCUCCAGAGGAUUGGCAUUGGCAUGAUAUUUUCCAUUGCAGCCAUGUCUGUGGCAGCCUUGGUGGAAAUGAAGAGGCUAAGAGCUGCUGAGAAGGAAACAAUUGGAGGGAAAACUGGGCCAGUGUCUCUGAGUGUGUUCUGGUUAGCUCCACAAAGCAUAAUCCUUGGAAUGGCAGACGGGUUCACUUUGGUUGGCUUGCAAGAGUAUUUCUAUGACCAAGUUCCAGACUCCAUGAGAAGCUUAGGAAUUUCCUUCUAUCUUAGUGUGAUUGGGGGAGGGAACUUCUUAAGCAGCUUUCUGAUUACCCUUGUGGAUCAUGUCACGGAGAAGUUGGGGAGAAGUUGGUUUGUAGAGGAUGUGAACAGGUGCCGUUUGGACAAUUUCUAUUGGCUGUUGGCAGCCAUGAGUGGGUUGAAUUUGUGUGUUUAUGUGAUUCUGGCUAUGAAGUAUACUUACAAAAAAGUGCAGCGAAGGGUGAUUGUGGCUGAUUGUAACAAGGGUGAUGGGGUAGAGUUGAUGCCUUGACAUGCAAGUGAUGUGAUUAUAAAAACUCUGUAAAAUGCAUUGGUGCUUGUUUAUUAAAAUUAUUGUGUUAGAUUGGGAACAGAGUGUAUU